AGAAAAUCCUCGAAAUAUAAGUUGCAAUAAAAGUCGAAACCAUUUCAAUAAUAAUUAGUUUAAUUGUAUUUUUAGAAAAGUCUAUGGAAAUGUUGAAAUAAACGCAAACAAAUAAACAAAUUGGUAAUAACAAUGAAUUUUGUAGUUCACAUGACCAAGGAUUUAGUAUUAAAAUAGUAUUUUAUUAUUUGUGAAACUAUUUCUCUCUUUUUUGUCAAUUUAUUAAGAAAUUAAAUAUUUCCAAGGAUUUGAAUAUUAAGUUUUUAAUAUAAAUAGUGCCACAAAACCAGUGUCUCAAUCAUCCAACAAUUGUCAUUCAAAGAGCUUUAACUUCACAAUGAAUUCAUUGAUUGUAUUGUCAGCGCUUAUAUCGGUCGCGGUGUCGAUCCCGACGUAUGGCCGCUCAUACUCUCGGCCCAUAAUCACCAAAUCAUAUGACGAGCCAUCCAUUGACUACAGAGUGCCGGUCAUCCGAAAUGGCUAUGAAGUGCCAUAUAAUCAGCCGAUUUACAGACCCUCUUAUGAUGAGGGCUCGUACGAGACCCCCGUUCACGGACCCAUUGCCCGACCCAUAUAUGGCAAGUCAUACGAUAGGGACGACAGUUAUAACAGAGACGACAGUUAUAACAGAGACGAUAGUUAUAACAGAGAUGAUAGUUAUGGCAGACACGACAGACACCAUAGACCCCGAGCCUCCGGAUACAGUGUUAGCAUCAAUCAUGGCUCACAACACGGCUCGCCCGCACUUUACGCUAAGGCCUACUCCCAGCCUAUCCUUAAAACCAUUGCCACUCCAGUGUUGGCCAAAUCAUACGACGAGCCCAUCGGCUAUUCGGCCCCCAUUCUGGCCAAGGCCUACAACUCACCCGUUGUUAAGCACGUGUACACCAAGUCUGUCGAUGAGGGCUAUGGCUAUUAA